UGUCACAGCACCGGGCGAUAGCUGCGUGGCUGUUUUGGUGGACGCAGGUGGCAGGCGUCUGGAGCGGCUGGCUCAUCAUGUGGUGCGUGGGCCCAGCCGCAGUGGUGGCCUUUUGUGCCGGACUUUGGGUGUCUAACCCGAGGACGGCGAUGGGCCAGGAGGCCGGGGAACGGCCAGGGGCCGACUGUGAAGUUUGUAAAGAAUUCUUGAACCGAUUCUAUAAUUCCUUGAUAACCAGAGGAGUCAACUUUUCCCUGGACACCAUAGAAAAGGAAUUGGUCAGCUUUUGUUUGGAUGUCAAAGGAAAAGAAAACCGCUUGUGCUAUUAUCUAGGCGCAACGAAGGACGCAGCCACGAAGAUCCUCAGUGAGGUCGCUCGCCCAAUGAGUGUGCAUAUGCCGGCGGCUAAGAUUUGCGAGAAGCUCAAGAAGAUGGACAGCCAGAUCUGUGAACUGAAAUAUGAAAAGAAAUUGGACCUGGCAUCAGUGGACCUGUCAAAGAUGAGAGUAGCAGAGCUGAAACAGAUAUUACACAAGUGGGGAGAGGAGUGCAGAGCCUGUGCGGAGAAAACGGACUACGUGAAUCUCAUCACUGAACUGGCACCCAAGUAUGCAGCAGCCGACCCCAAAACAGAGCUCUGACGCCUCCAAUGCUGAUGCGCCAUUAAUGAAAG